GUUAUGUUACUAUUUCUCAUUUUAUAUAUAGAAGAUUGUGUGCAAUUGUUUAGCCGGGGUACAACUGCUAGAUGAGAAGUUUAAAAAUGGAAAAUUCGAUGAAAAAGAACCCUGUAGCUCUUCCUUCUAUCGAUGAUCUAAAAAAGUUAAACGAAAGACACAACUUAGGUUGUAAUGAAGAUGAGUUAAAGGAAUAUCAAAGUAUUAUGAAAAAUACAGUAGCUGCAUAUAAUUUCAUUGAUGAUCAAGAAAUACCUUCGUACGUAUCUAAAUAUGGAGGUAAUCGAGAGUAUUUGCGACCUGAAGGUGAUGAAAACAAAUACAAUGCUUGGUAUGUGAAGUGUAAUAUAGAGGGUGCUAGCAGUGGAAAACUUGCUGGGAAAAAAGUAGCUAUAAAAGAUAACAUAGCUGUAGCUAACAUUCCUAUGAUGAAUGGUUCCAGAGUUUUGGAGGGAUAUAUACCUGAGUAUGAUGCUACUAUCGUGCAAAGAAUUCUAGAAGCAGGUGGAACUAUCUGUGGAAAAACAACUUGUGAAGAUCUUUGUGUUAGCGCAGGUAGCAUUUUUACUGCGUAUGGACCAGUUCGAAAUCCACACAAUACUGAGUGCACUUCUGGCGGUUCGAGCUCUGGUAGUGCAGUCGCAGUUGCUGUUGGGGAAUGUGAUAUGGCAAUAGGAGGAGAUCAAGGAGGUUCUAUUCGUAUCCCAUCCAGUAGCUGUGGCAUCAUUGGUUUGAAACCUACACAUGGAUUGGUACCCUACACUGGAGCAAUGCCAAUUGUACCCUGCAUUGACCAUUUAGGGCCAAUGUCAAAGGACGUGGCAGAUUGUGCUCUCCUACUUGAAGUUAUAGCCGGUUACGAUAAUGGAUUCGACUAUCGUCAACGACCAUUUAAAGUUCCUGAAUAUUCAAAAUUGAUCUUCCCACAUGUAAAACCAUCAAGAAAGAUUAACAUUGGCAUUCUUCAAGAAGGAGUUGAUUUGUGUGAUGAAAAUGUAAAAAAUGUUUUCAAUGCAUCCUUGAAAUAUUUGAAAGAGUCAGAGCAUCUUUGUCUUAAGAGCACAAGCCUGGAAAUGCACGUCAAAAGUGAUAAUAUUACAUCGGUAAUUUUUGGCAAUGGUGUAUUUGGAUCAAUGAUAGAUGGAUGUGGUUUUGGAACUAGCUUGUCAGGCAUGCAAUCUCACACUUUGGCUAAGAAAAUGUUUGAAGGCUACAAGGAGCAUUUUAAAGAUACAACUGAAACUGUCAAGUUACGAACAUUCAUUGGUUCCUACAUGCACGAAAAUUAUGGGUCCUAUCAUUAUACAAAGGCUGCAACCUUAGCAUCACAUUUAAAAUUGAAAUAUGACGCACUUUUAAAGGAAAAUGACGUCCUAAUAAUGCCGACAUUAAGGAAAACACCAACUAAAAUCCCACCGCAAAAUGCUUCAAUUACCGAGAAGAUAACCAGUGUGUUUUAUGUGAAUAAAAACACAGCAAUAUUCAACAUAACAGGACAUCCAGCGUUGACAUUAAAUUGUGGAUACGAUGGUGAUUUGCCAGUAGGGUUGAUGAUUGUUGGAAAACAUUUUGAUGAAGUAGGAGUACUUAAUGUUGCAAGUAUCUUUGAAGAUAUCUUCAAAAUGAAAAUGAACAAGAAGAAUGCUUCUGCUUGAUUUGAUAACAGUCUGAGCCAAUAUGACUCAAUAUGUAUGGUGAUUCUCUGGAAUAAACCACUGAUCUUA